AUGCCAAAAUUUACUAAACCGUCUCAGAGUCGAAUGUACAAGGGUGGGUUUGAUAUAAAGGUUGAUAAACGUGAGGCAGCAUUAAUACUAAACCUGAAGGAAACUGGAUUGAGUCAGGCUAAAAUUAAAGAGGCUCAUCGUCGUAUUAUGCUUUUAAAUCAUCCUGAUCGUGGUGGAUCGCCUUACCUGGCGACCAAAAUUAACGAAGCAAAAGAUGUCUUGGAAAAG